AUCAAAAAAUUUCGUAUCAUUCGUAUAUCUACUUCUAAAAUAUUGUUUAAUAAAUGAUGAUCAUCGUGACAAAGUAAUAAAGUAUUAAAGUGCUUUGUGACUACUGACUAGUCUAGUUGCUGAUGUUCUUGGUGUUUUGUAUACGUUGAAAUUUUAUUGUGUUGCGCUUGUCCAUAAUACUUAUAUAUUGUUUUCCCAAAGAAAGAAGGCUCAGGUCCGUUAUUAACUGAUCGAUAGGAGUUAAUCAAUGUGGGAACUGGACUGGUGGAUUGAAAUUUAGAAUAAAUUAUAUUGUUAUCAUUGUACGAUAUUUGUUGUUGGACAGUUAAAUGGAGUCGCCUGAAGAAAUAAACGGUCACAGCGAGGGCAAAGAUGAAACAAAAGUAGUGGAAUGUGCUGUGAAGGAAGAGACUUCUGAAUGUACUGCCAAGGAGAAAAUGACUGAAAGUGAUGUAAAGGAGAUAACGACUGAAAGUGCUGUGGAGGAGCAAUCGACAGAAUCUGCUGAAAAAGAUGAAGCCAGUGAUUUAAUCCUUGAAUCCCCGUCUGUUGAAUUCACUAUUAUACACAACAAAGAUAAAUACACGGUUUCUAUGCCAAUAUUGUCUACAAUUGCGCAGCUUAAAGAUAAACUGGUCGACAUGAUAGGCGUACCAAGCAAGAUGCAAAAAAUCAUGAUCAAGGGUUUGGCAAAAGACGAUCAAACUCUAGAGUCUUUAAAUGUCAGUUCCUCUUCCAAAAUAAUGGUAGUUGGUGCCAAAUUACAAGAUAUUGUAGCUGUAUCUGUAGCAAAUGUUGAGGAGGAAUCAGGUUCAUCUAAAUCGGGUUCAUCAGUUAAAGAACCAUUAUGUAAGAAAAAGUUGCAUCUAAAAGUGUUGGAGCGAGGUAUACCCGAUGAUGCUUUGGUUGGGAUUUUAAAUAUUAAGGAUCCAUUACCACCACAUCCUUUAAGUGGAAUGCUUAAUAAGCACGGGGGAAAAGUAAGACUGACAUUUAAACUGGAAGUGGAUCAACUUUGGAUAGGUACUAAAGAACGAACCCAAAAGGUUGCUAUGAAUACAAUCAGACAUGUGGUUAGUGAACCAAUCGAAGGACAUGAAGAGUAUCAUAUAUUGGGUUUCCAGUUGGGAACAACAGAAGCAUCUCGUUACUGGGUAUACUGGGUACCAGCACAGUAUGUAGACUCCAUAAAAGAAGCUAUAUUCGGUGGUUGAUCGUGUGUUGUUAUGAUUCUAGUCGAUUUUUUUCCAUACAACACAUAUUAUUAUAUACAUUCAUUAAAAACAAAUUAUAUAUAUAUGAAUGUUUAAUUUAAUUUUAACAGCUCAAAAUUUUGCUUUCUAUUAUUAUUCUUGAAAAACUUUCAUACCAGAUUGUAUUUAUAAAAAAUAUUUUGUUUUCCAAUACUGUAAAUUACAAAUACACAUUUCCAGAACGAAUGAUAAAUAUUUCGAUAAUGUAUAAAAUAAAAAUCAAGUUCCUUGAAAUAA